AUGAACCCAGUGCCGAGAACCACCGCGACCUUGUCACGCACGCAGCAAACGCCAUCCCCGUCGAGAAGCAACGAGCUUGCAACCGGCCCACGGAGACCGCCGCCGCCCCGGGACCGCGUCCGAGCUACUUCUGCUCACGGCUGGUCACGGGGGCGUAAUGAGUGGGUCUGGACCACGACAGAAGGAAGGAGGACGAGGCACAUCACGGAUACCCACAUGCGCGAGUCGACAUGGGUAGGAACUGCCGAGAUCAGCCCGACAAGAGACAAGCCAGAGAUAGUCGAGCGACCGCGACCGCGACCACCACCGCCACAGGGCCUCGAGAAGCGGCCACGAUGA